CUUUUAACGAACAUAUCUGAUCAUAAUCUAGUCACCAAAUAUCAAUUAAGCUCAAAUUAUAAACAAAUUUCAAGAAAUUUUUACAUUUGUCUCUUAAACAAGAUGGCAGAAAAUGUAGAUAGUCAUUCAGAAACUCAGUCCACCGUCCUUCCAAAGUCGAAUUUUAAUUUAGAGGAAAAAUUAUGUGAAGCUGCCAAAAAAAAUGAUCUGAAUAAAGCGCGUCGUAUUCUCGCGGAACGACUAGAUCCCAACUUUCUUAACUGCUUUGGCCUCUCCCCCCUACACAUAGCUUGCCAAUAUGGGAACUAUGAGGUCGCUAAACUCUUAAUAAGCAACAAAGCGGAAGUUGAUCUGGCCAAUGCCAUCGGUGUCACUCCAUUGCAUCUGGCUGCCAAGAGCAAUCAUCUGAAGUGUGUUCAGUUAUUGUUACUUUGUGGAGCAAAUCCAUUUAAGCAAACGUGGUCCCAAUGUAGAGCCAAGGAGUUUUCGCCCAAAGGAGGUCGUCUACAUCAUGUUCUAGAACAAUCGGAACAAGGAAUUUUGCCUAAUUCUGCCAGUGUCUUUGGAUUAAAUGUUGAACCCAUUGUACCAAAGUUCUCAAUUCCUAAGAUAACGCAGGGAUUGGAGAAGAAGAAGGGCAAAGCAACCAAAGAUUUACCAUUAAAAAGUAGCAAAAGGAAGUAG